GUACUUCUGGUCACUGCUGUGGCUUUGCUCCUUUUCUACCUCUCUCGACGCGCAUUGGACGCACUGACGGCGCGUAAGCUCCACAGAACCCGCAGCCUGUUGCCGGUCUACAUAACCACAGGCUCGGGCUGAAGGCUUUAGCAGAAGACUCAAACCACCUGGUGCCAAAGGGGAAGUGCAAGUGGCGGCGGAACGCUUGGCUCCGGGAGCAGAUCUGUGCGCUCUGCUGCUGCUGCUGCUGCAGGAGUUGCACUCAUGCAGAGAAGACUUCUGGGCGUGGAUGUUUCCCGACCUUUGCAGUUGUCCACUUUUAUUGAUGUUCACCACACCAUACACGGAGUCGGACCAGAACUGGGUCCAUUCGUUCCAAUUCGUUGGGCUUUAGACGUCGCACAGCUGCCAACUUCAGGACCAGCGUAAAUUGGAGGAUACAAAGGCGGAGGACUUUUGGAUACGUUUCUUAUUUAAGUGUUUUCUUUUUGAAACCGAUUCCAACUCAGUGAGAACUUCUGAGGAAAUGUAUCGCAGCACACGCAUUAUAGUGUUUGAGACGGACAUCUAAAGAUGCUCCAGAGUUCUCCAAAGCUGCGCGUAACUUCCUUCCUUUUCCUCAAUUCUUACAUUUCCUUGACAAAAGUCUGCUGACCAAGUGGUUUUUUAUUUUAUUUUAAAUUAUUAUUAUUUCUUGACAUAAAUGACUGUAUGAGGAAAAUCUUUCUUUUUUUUCUCUGGACAAAAAUGCUGCAAGUCGGAUUUAGUUAUUUCACUUAAGCCAAUUCGGCUUCCGUCCUAUUUUCUUGGGGAUUUUUAUUUUCCUAAAGAAAACAUGUUGCAGAUCCUUGCGCUUCAGUUGGCACUGUUACUUUUUGGAGUAGCAGACUGUCGAGUCUUGGAGGGACUGCAGAGAUAUUCCUCCAUCCCCACGUACCUGCCUGUCAACUACCAGAUGCUCAAUGCUGACUUGGCCUUCUUCCUGAAGGAAGCCAAUCAGGAUUUCAUGCGGAACUCCAGCCUGAUGUCGCGGACGGAGCCCUUUUUCAUCUACCAGGCUCGGAGUUUGCCCUCAGUCAACGCAAGCUAUGGACCUGUCUCUGCAGAGCAGCCUGUCCCUUUAGAGCUCCUGCAGAGCCCGGGGACGUUUCCCGCCUCCUCGGUUUUUACCUUCAACUGGAAGGUGCAGACGUUUAUCAUGAAUACCAGGAUUCACCUGGCCAAGCCCAGAGUCCAGGUUCUGUUCUAUAUUGCAGGGCGGGACUGGGACGACUACAGCACCAUUGACAAGCUGCCCUGCGUGCACAUGUUUGCGUUCCACGAGACCCAAGAGGUGCAUGGCACUUGCCAGCUGAAAGGGGAGCUGGGGCUGUGCGUGGCUGAGCUGGAGCCACUGGCCGGCUGGUUCAGCCCGCCAAGUGUGGUGCCGGGACGCCAGCGGAGCCCCGAACUGUCCGAGGCCACUCCGGUAGAGCUCUACUACGUGCUCCAGUCCACAGAGGCAGGGGAGUGCCACUCGGAGGACGCCAGGAAGGACAGCUUCAUCCGCUCGAGCCAGGAAGGGCUGUUUGGCUCAUUCACCUCCACGCCGCUCAAGAGGAUUGGCGGUAUAAAGCUCUACCAGAACCCCAGUCCUCCUCCUCUCGCUGAACACAGGCUGGAUAAUAACUUUAUGGUCAUGGUUCCAGCUGCACCCAUGAGACAGAGGGAAUCCGUCUCUGCCUUUAUCACAGUGUCUGCCUACUCUCCUGUGGAGAUGUUUACUCUCAGAGUUAAGUUGAAGGAAGGAGUGACAUUUCUUGGAGCCCGUCCCAGCAACCCGACACAGUGGAUCGUCAGCCAGGAUGUGAGGAGCGAGGGCCACAGGGUGGUGACUCUGCACUGCCACAGGAAAGAGUCUGGCUAUGAUCAGCAAAGGUUUGAGAUGGGAGUUCAGAGGGUGCUCCAGGUGGAUCUGAAAAUGGAAAGCUCCCCGCAGCUGCCGGGCAGCCGCUGGAUGGCCUGGCAGGUGGAGUACCCAACCAGUCAUGCCACCACACAAGAGGCAGAGACAGAGAUCCGACUGGCACAGGAGGACCUAGCGGGCAUCGUGCCCCUGGCCAUGGACUCUGAGAUUCUGAACACCGCGGUGCUCACGGGGAAGACGGUGGCUGUCCCAGUGAAGGUGGUGACGGUCGGAAUCGACGCCUCAGUCACUGACGUCUCGGACACGGUCGAUUGUCGCUCGACAGAUGAGGACGUGGUCAAGGUGUCAGACAGGUGUGACUACGUUUUUGUCAAUGGGAAGGAGAUGAAGGGCAAGGUGAAGAUGAUGGUGAACUUCACCUACGGAUAUCUCGGUGCGCAGCUGGAGCUGAACGUAUGGAUCCCUCGGCUCCCGCUCCAGAUCGAGGUGUCUGACACGGAGCUCAGCCAGAUCAAAGGGUGGAGGGUUCCCAUCGUGGCCCCCAGUCAGAGGUCCACGAGGGACAGUGAGGAUGAGGACGAUGACGACAGAAGAGGACGGAGCUGCACCCUGCAGUACCAGCGCACCAUGGUUCGAGUCCUGACCUACUUUGUGGCCGAGUCGGCGGAUCCUCGAGGCCAGAUGAGCUUCAUGCUCGGCAGCGAUUGGCAGGUGGACAUCACGGAGCUGGUGUGGGACUUCCUGAAGGUCGAGGAUCCUCAAAUAGCACAGCUACUGGACAGGAGGAUUCUGAUGGGAAUCGACACAGGGAUGACCACCAUCCAGGUGUUAUCCCCUUUGUCAGACUCAAUUCUGGCAGAGAAGACUGUUACAGUGGUGGAUGACAAAGUCACCAUCACAGAGCUGGGGGUUCAGCUGGUGACUGGGCUCUCCAUGAGCCUGCAGCUCAGUCCAGGAAGCAACAGAGCCAUCGUGGCUACCACGACCACACAAGAGGUGCUACAGAGCCCCAAGCAGGAGGCCUUGAUCAGCGCCUGGCUACAGUUCAGCGACGGCUCGUCUGCUCCCCUGGACCUGUACAACUCGGACUUCUUUGUGCUAACGGCCACCUCCCUCGAUGAGGAAGUGGUAACCGUGCGGCAGGACCCCUCGUGGAAGUGGCCCGUUAUUGAGACAGAAGCAGAGGGCCAGGGACUUCUGGUGCGGGUGGAGAUGACCGUCUGUGAGGCCUGUCAGAAGUUCAAGCGGCGGAGCAUCCUGGCGGCGGGUAACUGUAACAUCAGGGUGAAGUUUGGUCACGGUGACAGCUCAAAGAGCGGGAGCAGUGACUACAGCCCUGAUGGGGAUGACAUGGACAACAGAGGCAGGGUUUCCCCCUCCCAGGACAGGACCUACUAUUAUGGCAGCUCCAUUUCUGACGUGGAGGACGGGGUGUUGAGGAGAGCCACAACCACGAGAAGUGCAAUAAUGCGCCGACCCAGUGGGGAUAAACUCUCAGACGACGGCAACCAGAACAUGCCAGUGGACUUUGCCGACCUCCCCGCACAAGUGGACCUGCCCCGUGGCCGCAACAUGGACGAUGACCUCAUUCAGACCGCUCGCGGGCUUACAGACCUGGAGAUUGGCAUGUACGCCCUGCUGGGGGUCUUUUGCCUCGCCAUCCUGGUCUUUCUCAUCAACUGCAUCUCCUACACUCUGAAGUACCGCCAGAAAGAGCUCUCCAUUGAGGGACAGGAGAGCAUGAACCAUGCUCACGACUGGGUCUGGCUGGGGAACGAGACGGAGCUGCUGGAGAGCCAAAUCAGUCUGUCGCCACAGCAGGAGGAGCAGACCUCCAUGAUUGACUCGAGCAGCGGCCUCGAGGAGGGCAGCCAUUUGUUGAACGGCGGCUUCGCCCAGAAGAACGUGCAGGGCCAAGUGCAUCGUAUGGCAGACACAGGCUGCAUAGCCAGAGACAGCAAAGGAGACUCACCCACCACCAAGAGGAAGCGGGUCAAGUUCACCACGUUCACCACCAUCCCCUUGGACAAUAGCUACCCCACCGUUAACACACUGACUAGAAGCCACAGCCAGGACAUUAAGUGGGUGUGCCAAGACAUGGAGCUGGGAGACUCCAAAGAGUUACGCAAUUACAUGGAAAGGUUAAAUGACAGUGCUUUGAAAGAGGUGGCAUAAUGUACUAUUGUGUGCACUUGUAACAAACUCACCCAUAUGCCUUUCAAAGGAAAGUGGUCUGGACAGGAAAUGGACACCUGACUGGGUGAAAGAAUAAGAGACGGGGCUGCCAAAGGUUUAGGAAGACUGUUGAUGAACGACGAAGCACUAAUGAAACACACAUUGUCAGUAAGUGAGGAUGUCAGGUGGUCGAUCAGAUGAUUCUCUUUUUAUUACUACAGGGUUUAGCUAGACUUUAAGUAAUGAUCCCAGGACUCUACAGCGACUGUGACCUGUUAUAUUCAGACGUGUAGAUUUAAAAAAAAAGAAAAAAAAGAAGAAGAGUAACAUAACUAGAUAUACAGUUCGUUUUCGAAUGUGUGUGUGCUCAUUAAAUGGUUUUGGAAUUUUUGUAACAUUUUUGGAUUUUAAUUUCUUACGUCGGAUCCCUAUUCUGUGGGAGGAGUUUCCGGAGAGGCCAAAGUAAGUCGAGAGGAAUAUCUGCAUGACACUGGGUCAAAUAAAAAAGGCACAACAUUCCGGGUCAUUCUCAUCCUCGUUUAUAUGUCACAAGACCUGUUGUGUAUAUAGCAAACAGUCUCCAAAGCAUUGUAUUGUUGCUCUGUAUAUUGUAUUUUCAUAACAUUUAAGGAAUACACAACAAUGUCAAGAGCCUGUAUCAUCCUUUAUUGACCACGACCUCAUGAAGCGAUUCGUUCCUCAUGUCCGGGGGUUAGCUGAGGAGUGCGGGGGCCAAUUACACGUUCACCUUUGUAUCGUAAGUAUUUUAUGACAUGCAAUUUACCCACAAGCCUCGAUGCAGUAUAUUACCCUUUUAAUGCUUUCCAGUGGAAGGGAGGCGGUGGCCUUUAAUAUUCUCAUCCCAUCUAUUAGAACACCUAACGUGAUGGCCAGUGUGUGGCGUGGCGUUUGAAUAAAUGGCUACACAACA